UUCGUCGAACAGUCAUCAGUCAAAUCGAUCGUCUUUCUUCUUCGUCUCCGGCAACAACGACGGCGACCAGAUUCUAGAGAGAGAAAGAUGCAUACCUUCGGUUAUAGAGCAAAUGCCGUUCUUACAUUCGCCGUCAUGGUGCUUGCCUUGAUGUGCGCCGCAACUUCUUUCACAGACAAGUUCAACACUCCUUCUCCUUCCGCUCAUGUUCAGGUUUUGAACAUUAACUGGUUCCAGAAAUCCAUUCAGGGUAACGACGAGGUUAGCUUCACAUUGAAUAUAACCGCAAACUUGCAAUCACUGUUUACAUGGAACACAAAACAGGCUUUUGUGUUUCUAGCUGCUGAAUACGAAACCCCAAAGAAUGUCCUAAAUCAGGUUUCAUUGUGGGAUGGAAUCAUAGGUUCUAAAGAGCAUGCCAAAUUCUCAAUCCAUACAACAAACAAAUACCGAUUCAGCGAUCAAGGAAGCAAUCUUCGAGGGAAAGACUUUAACUUGACUCUUUACUGGCAUAUCAUGCCCAAGAUCGGUAAAAUGCUCGAAGAUAAAAUAGUUUUAACUGGAUUUAGUUUGCCCAAGCAAUACAGUUAAUUUUUAUUUUGGCUUUUUUACCAUUGUUAUGAGAUGAUUUAAAGACUUUGUGUUGAAUAUUUAGAAGAGGGAAAACAAUUUUGAACUCAGGGAUAUAAGUUAUAAGGAAAUUAAGGAUAUUUAUCUGCAAUUUCUCUUCA